AGUUUCUUCACUCCACAACCAACCAAAACAAACCCAAAUACAACAUUAAAUUCCCUUUCUCAAAUUCAACCUUAAAAACAAACCACUUCCAAAUCUUCCUCUCCAACUCCAACACACAAAACUUUCAAAAUUAUGGCAAAAACUCUUCCUCCUCAACUCUUCUUCUCUUUCAUCUUCCUCAUACUGAUCCCACUCUGGGCGACGGCGCAAGGGCCGCCGCCGCCCGCCUUCAAAUGCACAAGAAAAACCACGUGUAAUGCUCUAGUUGGCUACAUAUCACCCAACACAACCACAAUUUCCCACAUCCAAUCACUCUUCCAAGUCAAAAACCUUAAAACUCUCCUAGGAGUCAAUAACCUUCCUCCUACUACAUCUCCAAAACACAUCAUUAAAGGUAAUUCAACGGUCAGGAUUCCUUUCCCAUGCCAAUGCAUCAACGGUAUAGGAUUAUCUAAUCAUGUACCUACAUACACCGUAGUAAAAGAUGAUGGGUUAUAUCAUAUUGCUAAUGCUGUUUUUGGAGGUUUACUUGAUUACACUUCUAUUGUUAGUGCUAAUAAGAUUAAGGAUGCUGAUCUUAUUUAUAUUGGACAGAAGUUGUGGAUCCCACUUCCUUGUAGUUGUGAUGACGUGGAUGGACAAGAAGUUGUUCAUUAUGGACACGUGGUGGCUAAUGGGAGUAGUGUUCCUCAGAUUGCGGCGGAAUUUGGGAUUAAUUCAAAUACUUUGAUGAAGUUGAAUAAUAUUACUGAUCCUAAAAGCCUUGUUGCUGGUCAAGUUCUUGAUGUUCCUAUUAAAGCUUGUAGCUCAAAUGUAAGUAGCAGCUCCCCUGGCCCUGACGCCCCCUUACUAGUCGCCAAUGGCACUACUACAUACACUGCCAAUGACUGCGUUAUGUGCAAGUGUGACCCCACAAAUAACUUCAUGCUGCAAUGUGAACCAUCAGGAUUAAAGGCAGUGAAUUGGCCUUCAUGUCCUUCUAUGCAGUGCGCUGGUUCGAGUUUGUCGCUUGGCAACUCGACUAUUCUGUCUAGCUGCAAGCGCUCUACUUGCGCUUACGCUGGCUACGACAAACAAAAUGUUCUCACAAACCUUGCUACCGUCGACACUUGUGCAGGCCCUGGAUCAUCAAGUAAUGAGGCUCCGAAGAUUCAUCAGAUAAGUUGGAGUUUAGGUGGUAUAUUGCUAUGUCUUCAGUUGAUCAUGCUGGACAGAUUUUUGUAAUCCCUUUAUAUAUUUGUAUGACUUAUUAUUUAUUGCUCUUUGAUUUUGUUUUUCUUAUGAGGAGUGUUUGGGGUUGAUCAGAAUUUGGAUGUUAAGUGUUGUCAAAGGUGAAUUGUUUUGCAUUUGUAAGAGAAACAUGGCUUAAUAAUAUUCUCUGAGUUGUCUAUUCUUAGACUUAUUUUU